CCCUGACUCACAGCCUGCACCGACCUCAGCCCUCAAGUCUGCACAAAUACCAAGGACAGCAGGGCGAGGGCACCGCCGAGUUCAGGCGCUCAAGUUGCCAUGGAGACCUCCUCGUCGCCAAUCUCUAUUCCCACCAAACAGCAUGGGUCUUCUGCAAUGCGAAAUCGCCAAGAUGCCAACGAGGACCCAGCAGUCGGAUCGGCUGCAAAGUCGCCGGCGCAGUCUGAACUCCAAAGAGCUGAAGUUGCUGUCCGAAAGGACAGGGAGUUGCCUGGGAACCGACCGCUUGAGCGACGGGACACCACCGACAGCUGGGUCUCGGGCUUUGCCCAGCGACGGUCGAAUACGGGCUGGUCACUGGAUGGCGCAUCCGUCAUCACCGACGCCACAGAGCCCCCAAGCCCAGUCACCGCCUCCUUCCAGGACGAAGCUUCGUAUCUUGACGCAGCAAAUUAUGCGUCAUCACCGCGGCAAAGCAAUUUGAUGUCUCAUUCACUGGCCCUUCAAAAUUGCCCGCCAUCCACUCCACCUUCGCUUUCCUUCUCGGAUACACUCAGAUUCCGACUGUACCGUCACGCCUCAUCGCUGGAUAGCGCCUCUCCACCUCGGCACCGACGCGUGGAAGAGAUGGCGAGUCGAAGGGGGAGUGCCGGAAGGAGCACAGCUUUGGGCGGGGCCGGCACGGGACAGGCGCUGCCUUUCCGUACGAGACCAAGCCAAGCAGGUCCUUCUGUCGACGGCAGCAACACCAGAGAUACCAACGAUCUUGUCCAGAGCGACCAUGAGACUGGAAGUGCCACUGUCAAUACCCCGGAGAGUUCGGAUUCGGCCAUAGAAGACCCUGGUCAGCUGCAGCGGGAGCACACGGACGUUGCAAGGCAGGAGGACGAUGUUGUGGAGUCCUGCCCUGGUUCGGCACGCAUCGAGACCUCGCCCUCAUUGUCAAUUCACAACGAGAUGGUGUCUCCCGACAAACCGGACGACAGCAUAAUCCAGGAUGUCUGCGAAAAGGUCAUCAAGCACGCGUUCGGUCUAGAGAUGGAGGACCUCGCAGCCGCCGGGGUGGUUUCGGCCGCCUACGAAUCCGUCCGCUACUGCUUGGAUGAGCUGUCCCACGUUGCGCUUAGUAUCCGUCCGGGCGAUGCUGACCUCCUGAUAUGCGAGUCAACGCGAGAAACCGCGGGCUUCGAUGGCAUCCCAUUCGGGGGCCAAGCUGCUAGCAGUGACUCGGGAGCUAGGGGCGGCGAGAGCGGCAGAGCCAGUGGCAAUGGCGGCGGUGCCCAGAAGCGUCCCAACGGCGGCCACGGUAAUGACGGGGGCGGCGGUCAAGGGACCGGCGAUGGGAAACGGCGAAAGGUCUCGGGGGGCGUUCAGCCAAGCUUGCAGCCGCUGGAAUCGCAAUUCAGCUGCCCGUUUCGAAAGCGAAACCCCGUGAAGUUUAACAUAAGGGACCACCAAAGCUGUGCGCUUCAACCGUUCCCAACCUUAUCCCUGUUGAACAGGCGUCACGUCAAAAACUUCCACAAGCGGAAACCGGUUUCCUUCGCGUGUCCGCGGUGCAAGCAGGGCAUGGGGACCCAGAAGGCUCUUAAUGACCACUUGGCCGUGGAUAGGGAUCAGAUCUGCAGCGUGCAACAAGCGCAUCACACUGGAGACCCAGAAGACGGCAUCACUGCCCAGGUCGAGGAACUUCUUAAUGAGAGGAAGGCAGAGGUCAAGGUCGAUACGUGGCAAAGCCUCUGGAAGACGCUGUUUCCGGAAGAUACAAUGAUUCCUGAGCCUGACUUUGUGCCUCCGAUCGAACUGGAUGAAGUAUAUGCCGAAUUCAAAACGGAAUAUUGCCUUGAUAAGUUGCGGCAGGGAGUUCAAGGAGGGCUCAGCGACCACGACAGACCUGAAGAAUGGAUGGCAAUUUUCCAGAGGCACAUAGACUUGGUAUUCGGCAUCUGCAGGGCUAAAACAGACGGCAUGACGCCACGCCCCCGACGCAGCCGUGCUCAAACGCCGCGGGACACCGCAAGUCUCCACACGACCUCGAACGGGGUCAAUCUCGGUCGUCUUGCUGUCAUGGACCGGAGCAACGAAACCGGCGAGCCGCAUGGCAACAUCAGUCCCUCCUCCUCAGCAGACAGUGCCGACGGCAACCGUUCCCUGUUCGUGGUACCGCACAUGCAGUCACAUUUCCAGUUCCCGACCCCGACCAGACUCGAAUCACGAGCCCAGUCACGGUCCCGCCGCAGGUCUAUUUCCACGGCGGAUUUCUCGGCCCGGGUCACGGUCACGCUCAAGGUCAGACGAUUGGGGGAGGCCAGUACCGGGUACUAUCGCGGCCCGACUCUGCUAUCAACCUCCACGGGACCUAUGCGGCUCAGCCCUGCCCGGCUCAGGCUGUGUACCCUUGCGUCCCCGGCGGCGGCUUUCCCGAGAGCCAUCAUCCUGGGCCAUCGUUCUGUCCCCAGAAUGGGUAUGAGAACGUGAAUUUGAACCCGGGCUCGGGUAUGCAUGGGGGCUUUGGUCACCCGGGCCGCCUGCCGCGGCGGCCUGUGCCAGUGCCGGGGCAGACGUCGCCGGCUGUGGACGCUGGGUUGGGCC